AACUUAUCCCUCCACCUUUGCGGCACCUCGCACUGGUUACCGUUAUAGACCUGAAGUGUAGAGUUCAAAGUAGGAAAUGCAGUAGCCACUAACUGGCUCCCAUUCCGUGAAGUUCCCGGCCUCUUUUCACACGGCGACGAGCGGCUGCACGCGCUUGCCAGUUACAAUGAGGAUAUUAACAUGUGUAACGAUCCUAGCCUCCCUGCUGGUAAUAGCAAGCGCGGGUCGUCAGCUGACGUCGGUGAGGGCAAUGAAGAACGAGGCGCGGGGGUUCGACUAUUUCAUGUUUGUCAGGCAAUGGCCAGGCAACUACUGCUCCAAGCACUCAUGUCCCCUCCUCCAUAACCGUGGAUUCCAUUUCACAAUCCAUGGACUUUGGCCCAACUACAACGAUGGCACGUGGCCGCAAUUUUGCGACGCUCACUACAAGUUUGACGACCGACAGCUUAGCGAUAUCGAGGAUCAACUUGAGGAGGAAUGGCCCAGCUUUAUGGGGGACGACGACACAUUCUGGGACCACGAAUGGUCAAAGCAUGGCACCUGCGCGCUUGACGUGAUGCCUAGCGAGCACGAUUUCUUUAAAACCGUUCUUGAUCUGCACCGCCGCUACGACCUUACGGCCGCACUCAAGCAGGCCAACAUCCUGCCCAGCCGCAAUGCGGUGUACGACGCCAACGACCUGGUAACCGCCAUCAAGGACAUGUACGGCGUACGGCCGCUCGUACACUGCUACGGCAAGGAGCUGUCCGAGAUCUGGAUGUGUGUCGACAAGGACCUCAGACCCUUCGACUGCGACACCUCCCACGAGUCCAACACCUGCCAGCAGCUCACCAUUCCGCCCAUCAGCCCCUCCUCAUCCGGCUCCUCUUCCGGCUCCUCCUCUGCCUCCUCCUCCUCCUGCUCCUCCGGCUUGCUUGCGGUGCUGUCGCUGACAGUGCUGUUCGGCGCAAUGCUGUACGGGUAUCGCCGCCGGGUGGGUCCGGCUUACAACGCUGUGGCUGACAGGUUGGGACCGGCUUGCAGCGCACUUGCAGACAGGGUGAGGGCUGCUUGCGGCAGUGCGUUUGAAUGCAGCAACAGCUGGAACAGCGUCCCCAGCGGUGCUGGUUGCGGAGGAGGAGGUGGCUGCUGUGUCGGCAAGGGCGGCUACUGCGGCGGUGGUGGUGGUGGUGGUGGUGGUGAGGAGGGCUUGAAGGAGCCGCUAAUGAAAGGCAAGGGGGAUGUCGUCAUGGGCGGCGGUAACAACGGGGCUUUCCUGCUGACGUCAUCCUCCGUGUCAGCGGCAACAGCGGUGGCGCCGGCGGCAUUUUCGUGCGGUGCGUGCGGUGGUGGGAGCAGUGGCGACGACGACGGCGAUGUGACUGGGGCGGGGGUGUGGGGUGGGGGUGGGGUACAGCUGGGGCUGCCGCUGUCGCCGCAGCAGCAGCAGCAGCAACAGCAGCAGCAGCAGCAGCAGUACGCGCCCGUGCUGUGAGACGGGGCUCUUCCAUAUGCGUGCAAUGGGUGCGGAAUGGUUGCUGGGAAGGUUCUGUUGGUUGGGAGGCGGGGUGGCCGGGGUUUUUGGAACGGAGGCAUCCAGCUGAAACGCGCGCUGCUUCCCCUUUCUAUUUCGAGCGCGGUCGUAGCCGUACCUUCGUGCUACACCGUCAGGGCAGUCAGGGUAUAGCGGUACGGUGGUUAUAUAGCAGAGCCACAUGCACAGCUGGUCGGUACGAGAGCUAACCCGCGGUGUGAGUGAGUGCGAGUAGUGUCCAGUCAACUGGGCUCAAAUCCAGUGCGAGUACGUGGGUGUAAGAUGGAAGGUGGUGUGGGGUCGUGGGGCGCACACGUUGCGAUGCGGUCUCUUGAUUGUUAGUAUGUAUGUACGGCUUAUCUCCCAGCGGGCGGGUAUGGAGCCCGGCAGGGGUUGCUGUGUCUUUUGACCUCCGACGUCGUGAGAAACGUGGUAAACGUGCGCCGCUGUAAGUGGGUAGGCAAGCGGAUGGUGAUGUGGGGGUGUGGGGGUGGUCGCAUGGGUUCGCCCACCCCUCCGGUGUUUCCGGUGUUUCCGCGGCUCAGUUUAUCUAACCCCUCCGGUGUGGUGUGUGGAGGGAACAGCGGGGAGGGUAUUUGUAGCAGUACCUUCGGCUCAUGUGUGGGGCCGGAUUCGGCCGGUCGUGCCACCAGUCGCAGGAUUGGUGACUCAGAAGUCCGAUUCAGAGGGUAGGAGUGGGAUUCAGGCGGGCCUUAUGCGGAGCAAUGGCUGGAGUGGCGACAUGCAUUUGCGCAUUCGACACAUGAUGUACAAUAUACGCUAUGGGGUUGCUUGUAGAUUAUCGCAUCAUGGCAUUUGUUGGAGCAGGCAGGAGCAUAAGCAUGCGCACGGGCGGGUUUGCAGUUUCGAGGUGUGCGUGUGCAGUCAUCCCUUGCACUCGACAUUUCCCACGUCGUAACAUCUUAAGCAACGUUUGUUAGAGGUUAGUUUAUAGGUUCGCUGCAUGGGGCAUCUCCGUCUGUUUUGUUGUCUCUAGGGUUCUCCUCCUCGUCAGUGGGCGAGCAGGGUUGGGACUUGGGAGCCGCGCUGGCUUGGCCCUUGGAGCCUUGGCUUGUCUGCCGACCGGCUUCCGGUGCGGGUUUGGGCGUCGUGCAUGUGUCGCAGCGUCUGCUCCUGUUGCUCACUGCAGUUGCGGGCAUGUUGGCAGCUCCGGAGGGCGCUGAGUGGCGGUGGUGUUGUUGGUGAGAGCUGGAGGGCGCUGCAACCAUGAAACCCGCGCUGCACCCAUGCUGUGUGAACGCAAGGGACGCAGCAACGGGGUCAUGUCCCUCCAUCCUCGUUCUUGUAAGGUUGUUGUAACUCACUGUUGGGUGUGUUCGGCACGUGCCGGGCAAACCGACGGCUCCAGCUGUCCCGACCGCCUGAGCAACUUUUAACCCACAGGUUCUCGACAUUUCCCGUCAUGAAACAGUCCAACGCUGUGGGGUGCUGCAGGGGGCCGUGGUCCGCAACCUGGUUGAAUGAAGACCCCCAUAACGAGUUUGUUUCCCUUCCUAGUCUGGCAGCCCAAGAGAGGCGGGACACUCCGCAAGGUUGCGCGGUUGUUUGAAUUGGUAACCGGCUGCUUGAAUUGGUCGGGGUUUAGUUGAGGGCAUGCACAGGUAGGACGGCAUGUAGGCUCGGCAUUAUGUUAGGUUAGGGUUCCCCACGCCAACUGCCCAGCUGGUUAGGCCUUCGCAUGUGCAGUAGGCUUGCAUCAAGGUAUUCGUGUGAUUUUGAAUAAGGGUCAACUGGGCUGGCUUUCGGUACUGGAUUGGCGAAAGCCAUGCGGCCUGCGGGAUCUGCUUGCAUGCACGUGGCCUGUAGGUACCCGAACGGCAACUGCAUAAGUUCGGUAGAGUCUUAAUCUCAGCACACCCAAAUACAUUUUUGCUGUAAUAAAGGAAGAUUUCAUGCCGCACCAACGCUGAUCGAUAGCCCUACUCCAUCAUCAAUACGAAUUGUCACUCGAUAGCCAUGUCGCUUCUCGGUCAGCGCCAGCAAGUAAAUGUGCGAGAGACGUCUUCCGUCUCAGCACAGCGUAGGCUGCUGGCGCCCUUUCGGGCUUUUCGCGCACCGAUUGGGCGUGGUGCGGUGGCCGUAAGGUCGACAGCGACGCAGGAUGCGAGCGCGUCGACCCUUAGCCGGGCAGAUCCUUCGCCGGCCCAUCAGCCCUGCGCUUCAUCACAACAACAAGCCAGCAGCUCCUGCUGCGGCUCCCAGGACGCUGGAUUUCAAAAGUUCCUGGAUGCCGUCAAGAGCGGAGCCAACCUGAUUCCCCUCAGCAAGCGCAUCUUCUCCGACCACCUCACGCCCGUCUCAGCCUACCGCUGCCUUGUCCCCGAAUCCGACUCCCAGCUCCCCUCCUUCCUGCUUGAGUCGGUGGUCAACGGCGACCAGCAGGGCCGCUACUCCUUCCUGGGGUCCGCCCCCGCGCUGGAGGUGGUGGCCACUCGGGAGCAGGUGGUGCUGCUGGACCACGUGGCGGGCACCCGCACCGUGAGCAGCAUGCAGGACCCCAUGCAGCUCCCCGAGUCGCUCAGCCGCAACUGGCGCCCAGCCCGAGUGGAGGGCAUCCCCGACGUGUUCACGGGCGGCUGGGUGGGGUAUGCGGGGUACGACACGGUGCGGUACGUGUACGGCAACAAACUGCCGUUCGAGGAUGCGCCGGAAGACGACCGGCAGCUGCCCGACCUGCACCUCGCCCUCUACUACGACGUGGCGGUGUUCGACCAGGCCACCAAGGUGCUCUACCCGAUUGCCUGGGUGCCGGUGGGAGAGCAGGACGCCUCCAACCCCGCCGCCCUACGUGCCGCCUACGACGCCGGCCUAGCUCGCCUGGCCCGGUUGUCGGCCCGGCUCUCCGCGCCCCCGCCCGCCGCCAGCCUCACUCCGGGGGCCAUCAGCUUGGACCUCAACAAGCGACCCGACCUGCCGCAGGGCUCUAACAUGAGCAAGGAGGAGUUCAUGUCUGCUGUGGCCGCCACCAAGGAGCACAUCCAGGCUGGCGACAUCUUCCAGCUGGUGCUCUCGCAGCGCUUCGAGCGGCGCACCUUCGCCAGCCCCUUUGAGAUAUACCGCGCGCUGCGGGUGGUCAACCCUUCACCCUACAUGGUCUACAUGCAGUCCCGCGGCUGCCACAUCGUGAGCAGCUCCCCCGAGAUCCUGUGUAGGGUGGACAACAAGCGAGUGGUCACCAACCGCCCGCUGGCAGGCACCCGGCCGCGGGGGGCGGAUGUGCAGGCGGACAGGGAGCUGGAGACCGACCUGCUGGGCGACCAGAAGGAGCUAGCGGAGCACGUGAUGCUGGUGGACCUGGGGCGGAACGACGUGGGCAAGGUCUCCGUGUCCGGCAGUGUUGUUGUCGAGAAGCUGAUGGAGGUGGAGCGAUAUAGCCACGUCAUGCACAUCAGCUCCACAGUCACCGGCCAGCUGCUGCCGGCACUGGACGCAUGGGACGCGCUGCGGGCCGCGCUGCCCGCCGGCACGGUGAGCGGCGCGCCCAAGGUUCGUGCCAUGCAGAUCAUUGACCAGCUGGAGGUGAACAAGCGGGGGCCGUACGGCGGAGGUAUUGGACACGUGUCGUUUACAGGCGCCAUGGACAUGGCCCUGGGUCUGCGCACCAUGAUCAUCCCCGACGCCGCCGCGGACACGUUGUACAAGUACGACACCCCCGCCGGCCCCGCCUGCCCCCCUCGCCGUGAGUGGAGUGUGCACCUGCAGGCGGGGGCGGGCAUUGUGGCGGACAGUCGGCCGGAGGCGGAAUAUGAGGAGACGGUGAACAAGGCGGCGGCGCUGGGGCGCGCAAUCGAUCUGGCGGAGCAGGCGUUUGUGGAGGAUGGCCGGGCGGCGGUGUGAGGGGAGGAGGGAGGAGGGAAGGAUAUCCGGUGUGUUGUGUUUUGAGGAGGGAGGAGGCAGGAGAAGAAAGGGGGAGGCCGGGAGCUCCGGGCCCCUCGGAUGUGUGUUGGGAUGUGGUUAGAGGUCCUGGGUGAAGGAGGAGGGUGUGCGCGCUGGGACGGGAGGCAGGAGGGGUACAUGCAUGAGGGGCGCGAAACGGUGGGGGACUUGUGGCGUGGCAGGUGGGAUGGUGCGUCGUGGUUUUGACGGUAGGUGUCUGGACGGAGGGUGCUGAUCAAUGGGAGAAGAUAAGACGAAUGACCGUACACGAUUCUGGGUGAGGGCGGCCACAUGCAUAUGCGGGUGGGGCUGCGGCGGCCUUGCUGCUGCUGCUGACUGUGAUUGUGGCGGGGUGUUGUGGUGGGUGGUGGUAAGAUGGGUAAAUCGUGGCGUCGCUGUGGGGAGGGAGGAAGGUUUGGGUGCCUCUCUCCCUCCGGGGACACCUGGGGCUGAUUGAGGGCUCUUCUGCGGAGCGGCGAGCGACAGCUGCUUGGGACAGAUGUGCAUGCAGCUAAUUAAGGACCUACAUUUAAGGAUCUACAUGAAUGAUGAACAGCGACGUUGCGACACAACUGAGCUACCGUUCAGUGUCACACAGGUCGCGUUAACUAGGGCCCUCGGGUGCCUGGGUCCUACAUGUGCGGUCGAGAGAUGCCGUACACCCGUUUGAUAGUACGUAAAGGGGUGUGCGAAACGAGGCAUGAGUUUGGCCGUACAUGCGAAGAUCCAGCUUACAUACAUACAGGGGUUAAACAUGGCGUUGCCUUACACGCAAUCGGUUACUUAAGUAUGUAUGGCAUGUACAUUGAAGACGAACAUUACACGGCCCGCGGUGCAUACACGGCCCAAAGCCCCUGAAACUACACCCGCUAAACCCCGGGUGGCAAGUUUGACCAGGCAACUGCUGCCGUACCAACUAACAAGGAACAACAACUAUCUACAACAACUACGCAACGGGCAACGUACA